AUGGCUCUUAGCUCCUACUACAGUAGAUGGUGGUGGUUUGCGCUCACCGACACGGGGCAAAGAGCUUUUCGCCUCGCACGGCCCCGCGUUUGGCAAGAUGAACAUUACAACAUUACUUUUGCUGGGUUUUUGGUGCGACCGGCGCCGCUGUUGCUGUUCGCGCAGGGCGCAGAGCGGCCUCUAGUGCAGAACCCUUGGCCCGCGGACUUCAAGAGCCUGUUGCGGUCGUCGUGGCAGAGGGAUCCCGACAAACGCCCCUCCUUCCGGGAGAUACACGCGGUGCUAUCAGGCAUGUACAGCGAAAUGAACACGAAGAAGAAGGGAGGCUUCUUCGGCAAGAAGUAACGCUCCGACAAUGGCGACGGCGCGACG